AUGGCCGAACGACGCCGCGAGUAUCCACGGUCGACCAUCCCAGCAAAGCGUCCAGCAGAUGCCCAAGAAGAUGCUUGGGUGGCCGACGAAGAUAGAUUCGUACUACAACAAGCGAAGAAAAAGGCCGCCAUUCGAGUGCGCAACGGGCGGGCGCGACCCGUGGACUGGCUCGCGGUGAUCUUGCGCCAGAUCGAGCCGAGAAUCACGACUCUGGGUGAUGAUGAGGAUGAGGAUGAGUCGCUCGAGCUUGUUGACCCGGAGGGGAUAUUUGAGUCGCUUGGUGAGAACGAACUAUUGGACUUAGCGAAAGAUAUCGAGACGUAUCGUACGCUGGAGACGUAUCCCCAGAGCAAGGAGUAUUGGAACACGAUGCUAGUGAUAUGCAACGACCGACUCAAGGUAUUUCGAACGUCCACCUCAACCACACGCGGGAUCCAGUCCGUCUCCUCAGAUAUCGACAAGUUGUUAGCUCCCAAGAGUUUGGAGGAUCUACAAAGGUUGGAGAAGCAAGUGCGAAUCAAGCUUUCUUCCGACGAAGAUAUAGAUGUGGAAUACUGGGAACAUCUUUUGCAAGGCCUCUUGAUAUGGAAAGCGAAGGCUCAGCUACGGAACGUAUCCAAAAAGAUCCUUCACGGUCGCAUGCAAGACCUGAGGAAGCAGCAAGAGGAGGACGCUGCAAAGCUGAGGUUGGAUGUCCAAAAGCUCAUUUCGAACCAACACCAAGUUCAAACUCCAAAUCCCUCGAAAUCAAAUACUACGAAUGACCCAGAGCCUCUUCUGAAAUUACGCCCUGAAGACAAGCAACUCGAGAGUCACGACGAAGCUGAGUUCCUGAGUCACCUGGAAAACGAGCGUCGAAAAGUCUUGAAACUCGGGUACGUGCCUCUCAAGCAACAAAGAGUCGAGGGCAAGCUUGCAGCAAACCCGGCUCCGCAACAAGCGGGCCAGCCCGAAAGCGAGGUAUCUCGCUUUGCAAGCGGUGGCAACGAUGACUUCUCCCAUGCCACGAAGGCGCUUUACGAACGGGAGGUGGCGCGCGGAGUGAGCGAAAACGAGGAGAUUUUCACAGGAGAGGAGGAGGUGGCCUCAAAAUCUACAGCAGCAUGGGCGGACAAGUACCGGCCACGGAAACCGCGCUACUUCAAUCGAGUCCAGAUGGGCUACGAGUGGAACAAAUACAAUCAGACUCACUAUGAUCACGAUAACCCACCGCCGAAGGUCGUCCAAGGGUACAAAUUCAAUAUUUUCUACCCGGAUCUGAUUGAUAAGUCGAAGGCUCCAACCUACAGACUAGAGCGCGAGAAUGGACGGAAGCGGGGACAAUCCUUUGCUCGCGCGGGAGAGGAGGACACAUGCUUGAUUCGAUUCAUAGCCGGGCCACCAUAUGAAGACAUCGCUUUCCGCAUCGUCGACAAGGAGUGGGAUUAUAGCGCAAAGCGAGACAGGGGUUUUAAGAGCAGCUUCGAAAAAGGCAUUCUUCAACUUCACUUCCAAUUCAAAAAGAUCUACUACCGCAAGUGA